UGAUUAUUACAUUUUAGUUCUUAUGUCCUCAUUACCGUGAUAGAUUCAGGUGUUUUUUUACCGAUUUUUAACGUGAAAUUAAGUACUAUCGACGUCUCUACGAAUUCCUAUAGUGGAAAGUGCGUCCUAUUUCGUUCAUUAUCACCUAUGCACAAUUUUAUUGUUUCUCAAUAUUGUGGAAUGAACAGUUUAUUAACUGUAGGAUUUUUUUCGAGAAUCUUUAUUGUAUUUUGGCUAUUGUGACGAUGGUAUAACAUGUUGGAGUUGCCACCGACGAUUCUUCGGACAGAAAAUUAUUCACGGAAAUCGGAGCAUACACUUUCAGCGAUGCCGUUUCGACAGUCUAGUAAUUCAAAUCUAGAUGGUACAGUUACAGUAAAGACUGAAUCCGGAUUACUGGAAUCGGUUUGUGCAUCCUGUGGGCGAAAAAUAGUUGACCGAUUUCUAAUGAGAGUUGCUGACAGAAAUUAUCAUGAGGAUUGUUUAGCAUGCGCAGCUUGUGCGCGACCUUUAGCACACUCUUGCUACACGCGAGAUUUGAAAUUUUAUUGUCGAGCUGAUUAUGAACGAAUAUAUGGUGUGAAAUGCGGUCGGUGCAUGGAAAAAAUCAGUUGUUCCGACUUUGUACUAAGAACCGCCAGCUCGAUAUUUCACGUGGAGUGCUUCGCUUGCUGCAUGUGUGGACAAACUUUACCAAGAGGAGCCCAUUAUGUUGUACGGCAGGGGCAGCCAAUUUGUCGAAGAGACUAUGAACAUGAAUAUUUUCUCAGCAGUCCGCAAGAUGACGAUCUUCUCGAUGAAAAUCGUCCUCGAGAUGGUCGCAGAGGGCCAAAGCGUCCACGUACUAUCCUCACAUCAGCUCAACGGCGUCAAUUCAAAGCUUCAUUUGAACUGUCUCCUAAACCAUGUAGAAAAGUUCGAGAAGCUCUUGCAAAAGAUACAGGUCUGAGUGUCCGGGUCGUCCAAGUUUGGUUUCAAAAUCAACGAGCAAAAAUGAAAAAACUUCAGCGAAAAGCCAAAACUGAUCCCACCGCAGAUAAGGAACCGAAGGAAGAGAGACGCCCUGAUAGCCCUCAUAGUGAUCAUAGUCAUUAUAUGAACGCUAUAACAAUACGUGAUGGUGAAUCGUCUAGUUUUUCCUCAGCGACUCAACCACUCAACCCUAACAAUCCAUAUUCUCCAGAUGAUACUUAUCCGGGAAAUUCAGGAGAAAGUUUCUGUAGCAGCGAUCUUUCGCUCGAUGGUACAGAAGCUGGUUUUGAUAUUGGAGAAAACGAGAGUACAGGAACGGACGGAACUCAUCAAAAUGCUCACUCUCAUCAUGCAGGGUCAUCCCACGAAGCGCCAACCUUAUCUCAGAGUUUACAUGCAGCAAUGCAUAAUCCUAUCGACAAACUCUUUAUGAUGCAGGAUAGCUACUUCAGAGGAGAUCACGCGUAAUUCGAAUUUGAUUUUGUUGAUUUAAGAAUGGUACUCAUUAAUUUACACACAUCACUUUCAAUUUAUCUUCCUCAUAUCUAAUAAUUGAUCAUCGUCGUUCGCAUUAAUUAAUUCUAUGUAUUUGGUUGUUAAUAAA